AAAUAGUGCCACAUCGUAUUCAACUAUAGUCAAAACUUUAUCUAAAUGCUCCGUAUAUAUCUGCCAAAGAAUCUGAGAUUUUCAGCUGCUGUUUCGAAACGAAUUGACAAAAUCUUCCUGCAACGUAAGCUCCUCUGUUACUCUCCUCCUAUAUUAUUCCGCGAGAGAGAGAGAGUGAGAGCAGCCAGAUGGAUUUAAUUAUAUGAUUCCCGAGAAGAAAAAAUCUGCACUUUUCUGCUGAUCCCAAUCUUGGUCUCUAAAAAUGCAGUCUUUACACCGGCCCGAUGUUGAUUCAGAAGCUGGGAGUUGCAGAAACGGCUGCGGCUGCCAUUCCAGCGCCGUGAGCGGCGGCGGUCACGGUGGCUGUGGUAGCAGUUCAUCCACAUUAGACGCCGAGAAGCUCCAGCAGCAGAGGAGGAUUUCAUCUGUGUCGUCGGAAUGCUUUGUGGAGGUGGAUCUGGAAGCUCCGUCGAAAGAGGAAGCAAAAUUGCAUUCUAAGAAGGAUUGCAGAAUCUGCCAUUUGAGCAUAGAUUUGGAGAGUCAAGAAUCAGGGGUGAUAUUUGAACUGGGCUGUUCCUGUAAGAAUGAUUUGGCUGCUGCCCAUAAGCACUGUGCAGAGGCUUGGUUCAAGAUCAAGGGAAACAGCUAUCAGACUUUGGCACUGUUUUGCAUUGGUUCAGCCAUGAGCACCAUGUCCCUUACCUUGCUGGACAAUACUCCGUACAUGGAUUCGGGAGCCACGUCUCACAUGACGUUCGACAAAGGACUUGUGAGAUUUGUGGAUCAAUAGCCUCAAAUGUCGUCUACACGAAUGUGAUGGAGCCAAUUGAUUUGUGGAGUGAGUCGGAUAUUGCUGUUCGGGCAGCAAUAGCUAGGGCAGCCGCUGCAACCCGCGUAGAGACUCCUCGUCGCUUCUGGCAAGGUCAUCGUUUCCUCAACUUCUUGCUAGCUUGCAUGGUCUUUGCCUUCGUCAUUUCAUGGCUCUUCCAUUUCAAUGUCCCCUCCUGAAAUGCUCAUAAACUAUGUAUGUAUCAUUCCGUUUGUAAAAUGUGUAAAUGCGACCUGAAUUAGUUGUACGAACCCAAUUUCUCAUCUAGCGUUUCCAAUUAUUGAAUGAAGUAGAUUGAGUAAUAUCAUGGGAAAACUGUCAAAUAGGUACUCAAACUUUCAUAAAAAAGUCGAUU